AUGUCAUAGACGCACAUGUGCACCCAGGGCAAUGUGGUAGAGAGGAUUUGUUAGUCACACGCGUUCACACUCACACUCGCGCACGCACACACACACACACACUCACGCACACGCACACAGGCUGACUCUGUGAUGGCAUGGCAGUGUAGAGAUGCAAUUCUGCAGAGAGUAUUUCUGUCAGACCUGUAGCGGCGCAGUCACUAGUCCGGAGGAAGAUAUGGAAUACGGCAUGGGGAACUGCAUCGGAGUCCAGCGCAGCCAGGCUACAGCCCACACUGACAGUCAGACUGGGGAGAAGAGGGACAGCAGAACCGAAAACGGGUCUGUGCUGACCGAUCCCCCAGCCGCGCAGCCGGAGCAACACACCCCACAGACCAGUGAGGAGGAGGAGGAGAGGAAGAGACGAGAGGAAGAGGAGAAGGAGGAGCUGCUGUUUCCUCACGACCUGCUGCCCAACACAGACCUCAGCACUGAGCUGAACAUCUGGGAGACUUCACUCAGCAGACCCAUUCAGACACUUCCAUCACCACAGGCAGACCUUGAGUUCAGGACACCAACUGAGGAAGUAGCACCCGCUGUGGGCCAGAGUGACGAACAGCCAGAAAACAGGUCCUCCCUCAUUGGACAGGCCGAGGAGGGAGACCGCACCCCCGUUUCCCCAGCACCUCCCGAGGACCACGUUCCCCAGCCCUCCCUGCCUGCCCAUCUCCUUCGGGACGGCGCCGAAUUCCCCACCCCUCCCCCAACCCCUCCCGAGAGGUGCCCUCCCACCCCACCAGAGAGUGCCCCUCCAGAGCUACAGACCCCCGUGCCUGCACCCCCUGCCCCUGACCCGCAGCCCGAUUCCCCUGUUCUCCAGCCCAAGGGUCCUGCUGACACCCUAUCGGCUCCCUCACAGAACGUCCCGCACAGGAGCUCAGACUCUGACGGAGCGUUCGAGACCCCCGAGUCCACCACCCCGGUGAAGGCUGCGACCCCCCCACUGCCCCCGCCAGAGCCCGACACACAGACCCAGCCCCUGCCUUCUGAGGACACAGGGUUCUGCUCUGACUCUGCGUCUGUGCCAGAGGCCUCUCUCAGCGAACCUGUCUCCGAGUCUCCGGCCUUCCGGCCUCCGUGCCGAUCCUUCUCCACCGUCUUCGACGAGAACAAGCCCAUCGCCAGCAGCGGCACCUACAACCUCGACCUCAUCGCCGCCAGCCCCUUCCCCGAUUCGGCAUUUGGACCCGAGUCGCAGGACCAGCUGCGGAGCCCAGACGGUGGCGCCGGCGGCCGGCGGCGGUCCCCUCUGACACGCUCCCUCAGCCUCCAGGCGGGGGAGUUGGACGGAGCUGCUCCGGAGGAGGGAUCAGCAGGAGGGGGUCAGGACCAGUCGGCGCACCUGCGGGCCGAGGCCUUCAGUGUGGGGACUGAGAGCGCCCCGGGAACACUCCGCAAGUCGAAGAAGCCCCGCCCCGCCUCUCUGAAGAAGAAGCCCCUCUCCAGGCAGAACUCCACCCCUCCCGGCACCGCUGAGGGCAGCACCAUCUCCACCCCCGAGGUCAAGAAGAAGACCCACGAGGAAGAGGACGGGGGCUCGGCUGCACAGAGCCCCAGGGGAACCCUGAGGAAGAGCAAGGCCCCGCCCAAACCGAACGCAGAACCCGAGCCCGAGCCCCAGGAUAGCCUGAGAGCCAGAGAGGAGGCUCCACAGCCGGCACCCUCGCCACCCCCGCACCAGAGGGACCCGUCCCCUCCAGCCCCUGCAGCUCCCCCUCCCCCUGUCCCAGACGACAACUCCCCCAUCCCCCCAAAGGCCUCUUACAAAUGGGACCCGGACAACUUUGAGGGGAUUGACCCAUUCAACACCGGAGGCAGCAAAGUCGCCAACUCCCCUGUGCUGGGGAGGAAAGGGGUAUCGUUCGUCCCCACCGCCACCCCCCCGGGAGACGAGCCCGCGCCCACAGAGGAGCUCCCGCCGCCCGCUCCUCCUGCCCCCACCACAAGCGAAGAGGAGCAGCCCCUGAACAGGCGCCAGUCCGUCAGGCUGGAGUUCGACUACUCCGAGGACACCGCAGAGCCCCCUCGGGACGCCACGCCCCCUCCCAAAAAACUGGGCAAGAAGCCGGGAGCCAAAAUGCCCCUCCGGAAGCCAAAGAUCGGGGCGAAGAAGGCCCCUCCGCCGCCAGUGGAGCAACUGGACAACGCCCCGCCCCAAAGCAGCGACGACAUUCCCAUUCCACCCAAGGCCUCCUACAACUUUGACCCCAGCAAGUGGGACGACCCCAAUUUUAACCCCUUCUCCUCCGGCGGGGGGAUCCCCAACUCGCCCGGCAUGUCCCAGCCUUCGUAUGACUUUGACCCAGACAACUACGAUGAUGCGGUGGACCCGUUCAAGCCCUCCAACAAAAUGGGGAACUCGCCGCCCAAGUCGUCCUCCGCAUCGUUUGAGGUGCCUGCAAAUGACAACGACAGCCUCAGUGAGCUGGAGGACCAAAAUCAGAACAAACCCGCCAAGAAGAAGAAGACCCCAAUUAAGUCGAAGCUCAGCGAUGUGACAUCUCUGUGUUGUCUGUUUAACACAUUCAGAGUGAAGAAGUCCCCAAAGAGGUCUCCUAUGUCUGAGACAGUGUCACAGUGUCCUGUGUGUUUCUCGCUUUCCAUGCCUCCCCAUGACCAUCCCCAGGAGCCCACGCCCCUGGCCACGCCCGACGUGCCGCAGGACGACCACGCCACUGACGAGGAGAAGCUCGCCUCCUCCACCAACCAGAAGUGGGCGGCUCUGCAGGGUGUGGAGGCGGAGCUGACCUCUGACCCCCAGGACUUCCCCCAGCCCUCGGACCUCACCGCCUUCGUCAACGAGAACAGCUUGCCCCCUCAGUCGCACGUGACGGACUAUGAGAUCGAGUAUAUGGAGAAAAUUGGCUCUUCGACCCCUCCUCUCUCUGUGAAAAAGCCGUCUCUGUACUUGAAGCUGGACUCAGUCACAGACAGUUCCACCAAGAGCUCCUGCAUUCGUGGCUCAGAACCCAGUUCCCCCUGCACAGGGAGCUUUGAGGAGAUGGAAGCUCAGAUCUCUGCUGGUGUGAAAUCUCCAGUGUUGCCCUCUCGGGGGGGCCAUGAGCCCGUGGGGGCGGAGAAGAGCCGGAAGAGGGAGAGCGAGCUGCUGAGCACCGCCCCCAGCAGCGAGCGGGACGGAGCGACCCCUCCCCAAGGUCCCGCGGACCCUGCCGACACCCCGCUGUUAGACAGACUGUCUGAGGCGGGCGGUGGGCUGCAGUACCUGGAACCCGACCUGGCUGAGACCAACCCCACUGCGUUCGCUCAGAAGCUGCAGGAGGAGCUGGUGCUCGCUGCCCUGAGGAUAGAGGCUCUGCAGGUAGCCCAAAAAAUCUCCCAGAGUCCCUCUCUGUCCUGUGUAAUCCCAGAGUCACGUCUCAAGAAGCCCACCCCCCGCAGAUGGAAUCUCAACGGCUCACAGACGGCCAAACAGAGGGAGGUCACAUCCCCUGCAGAGGGCAACGUCUCCAAAGGGCCCGUGUACUCACGGAUGGGGUACAGCGAGGGGGGUGGGAGCCCGUACCUGCCCGGCGAAUUGGACCACUCCCUGGGGAUCGCACGCGAGGAGAUUGUGGCUAAGGAGCAGGAAGUGGCAGAGUGGCAGAGGAAGUACGAGGAGAGUCGACAGGAAGUUGCUGAAAUGAGGAGGAUAGUGGCAGAAUAUGAGAAGACCAUUGCGCAGAUGAUAGGCAUGCCUGAGGAUGAGCAGCGGGAGAAGUCUCUGUCCCAUCACACCAUCCAGCAGCUGAUCAUGGAGAAGGACCAGGCUCUGGCUGACCUCAACUCUGUGGAGAAGUCCCUGGCCGACCUCUUCCGCCGAUACGAAAAGAUGAAGGACGUGCUGGAGGGUUUCCGCAAGAAUGAGGAGGUUCUGAAGAAGUGUGCACAGGAGUAUCUGUCCCGGGUCCGCAAGGAGGAGCAGCGAUACCAGGCUCUCAAAAUCCACGCAGAGGAGAAACUGGACAAGGCAAAUGCGGACAUUGCACAGGUUCGAGCCAAGGCCAAGCAGGAGCAGGUCGCCUAUCAGGCCAGCCUGCGCAAGGAGCAGAUGAAGGUGGAGUCCCUGGAGCGCACACUGGAGCAGAAGAACAAAGAGAUCGAGGAACUGACUAAAAUCUGCGAUGAGCUCAUCUCCAAGAUGGGAAAGAGUUAGCCCGCUGUCGCUCAGCCACUCUGCCACAGGCUGUCCAUUUUCCCAGGAGCUGAGGUGGGGAGAGAGAGGAAGAGGCCCUUUCACUGUCUCAGUGCUCAUUUUGUCUGUACAACUCCUGGACAGAUGGACAGACUGUCUGGCAGAAGAGUCUGAAAUCUCCCUUAAUCUCUCACUCCACUGUAUGUUCUUCACUGGGAGGCUUGUGAGUGUGAGUGGCAGCACCCCCUAGGGGCCAGGGGGACUACUGGCCACUACUUCACUGUUUUGUUUUUUUUUAUUAUUUUGUUUUAUUUUUUUAAUUUGUCUGUUUUGUUUGCAUUUGGUGUUUCAAUGUGUUUCAAGUUUCCUGUAUCAGGGGUCUUGUGAAAAAUAUGGACUCUCCACAUCAAGAGAGAAAGAAAGAGAAAGAAACAAACGGAAAAAGAAAUACUGAGGGUGAGGUCAUGGCGUCCUGUGCUUCUGGCCACCAAUGGAACAGACUGUAAACCUGCAGCUCCUUUAGCACCUUCUCACCAAGAGAAGAAAAGCAACAAGGGUCGUCAAAAAAAGAAUUUUAAAACACUAGUAGUCUAACUGAUUCAUUCUUUAACUAAGAAAAGUGAUAAUAAUGAUAACUAUAAUAAUAAUAAUAAUUGCAUGUAGUAGAUGAGAGAUUACCUUCCUUUUGUACAUAAAAAUGUGGGCAGAUGGUGAGAAAGGAACACACCUGUGAUUUUUGAUACCGUAUUCUGUCAGCUCAAUACACACUGUCAUUUUGUAGAUACUUUUUUUGUGUGCUUGUUCCUUUGCUUCCGUAGGAAAAAAACAGAAAUGGGGAAUUUUAUUUUAUUAUUUCAAAGAUGAUAAUUGUUCAUCCUCUGGUCAUUGUUUUGAUUAUAAUUUGAUUAAUUUAAUGCAGAUGGGAUUUUUCUCAGUCAGGAUGUGAGAGCGCCCUUGGUGAGAACCGGCUUUCAAAGUGCAAUAAAAGAUGGCAAUAAAAACA